AUGUCUGCCGCUCCUUCACAAAGCAAUGUUGACAAUGAUCAUCGACAUUCAUUAACUGUUGAACCAAUACAUCCAAUGCAUUUGAUUGCUUCCGGUAAUAUACAUCGUCGAUUUAGUACCCAAGCUGAAGCUGAAUCACAAGCAAAAUUAAUUAAGAAAUUUUCUGUAACAUCGGAGGAGCAGAAAGAUGUGUAUAGCGCAGCAGUUGCUGAUAAACUGGAAGAUCAGGAAGUGAAUAAUUUACGAAAGAAACAAAGUCAACAAAUUAGAAAUGAUGAAGAAAAAGAAUAA